UUUUUGAUGAUAAAACUACCAGCGAAAAACACUCUAAAGCAACCAGUGCAACAUGGUCAAUAAUGUAUGUGGAGGCAGAGGCAAAUCAACAAAUUCGUUGAGAUUGGUCUACACUAGUGUCUAUUUAAGUACUGUGGUCAGUAUCUAUUGACAGCAUUGCAUAGGCUACUCUGAAUUUACGGUAUCACAAGAAGAAAAUCGUCGACUGGAACUACGCUUUCUUGGUUUUGCUGUUUUGUUUAGUCCACUCGCAUAACUUUUCGAACAUGAAUCAAACAGCCAGCGUCUCUCAUCAAAUACCAUGCCAGUCAUCCAAGGAUAUCAAAGACUUUGUGGAGGUGAGUCCCCAACAGAGGAACUGGAAGGGGAUAGCCAUCUCCCUGCUGGUCAUAGUGGGGGUCUGCUCCCUCAUCACCAUGUCUGUGGUGGUCCUCACUCCAUUGGAGGUGGCAGGUGGCAGUAACUCCAGACUGAUCUCAGAUGACCUGCUCAGGCCAGAGUUCAGCCUGCACCAUCCAGAGCCCAAAUGGAUCAGCACCCGGGCCUCGCUGGGGCCCCAGACAGGGCUGUGGAACAGUCUGGGCGCCGGCGUGUGA